AUGUUACCCUUUUGUGACGCACAAGUCCGGAUUGAAUAUUCUGAGGCUUGCCAUCUCCCCCUCGAUGCGCAAGAACGAGUUCAACAUUUUGAGCCUCUAAAACUCCCACACAGCCACCCUCAGCCGCUAGCCUCCAUCGUCUCCGACCCCUUGAACUCGUCAGCCAUUUUCCAUCUCUCCCCCAACUCUCAUUCUCUCUCGGACCUCACAGCUGAGUGCCUCACAGCCACGCACCAGCGAGCAACCGCCAUUCCAACAACCUCCACUCGCUCAAUCACCGACUACGCACCAGUGAGAAACCACUCUCUCUUAGCCUCUCCUACCACCAGAUCCCGCCAGCAGCACCUGCAACCCCAACCGAGUACCCAUCAACCUCACCACCUCCCAGCAACGAACCCCCAGCAGCUCCAUCUCUCUCCCAGCUCUCUUUCUCUCCAUCGGAUCUCUCUAGAAAUCUCACGCCCACUAGCCACUGCACCCAGCAGCAGCCACCACUCGCACCAUCAACAUCACCUGCAACUCCCAGCACCACCUGUAACCACCAACCUCAGCCCUGAUAGCCAUCUUUCAGACUCUCUUCUCCUUCAUCUCCUUCUCUCUCUCUCUCUCUCUCUCUCUCUCUCUCUCUCUCUCUCCCAUCUCUCGGAUUCUGUCACAGCAGCUAACCAGCCGAGCCACCCACCAUCCUUACUCUCACACCUCGGAAAAUCAUACCCGCUCUCAUCUAUUCUCCCACUCACUGUCUGCUCUCUCUCAUCCCCCUCGCAGAUCUUGUUUAGCCACACCAGUAAAUCCGGCAUCACCAAUCCAGCUCCAGCUUCGAGACCACUAGAACCGCCACCCAGCUCCACCCACAACAGAAGCCAACCUCGGACGCACAGUAGUAGCCGAGGGGAGGUCGAAGACAGCACACAGCAGAGGAGGCCCGAGCACUGCUCCUUACAUAACCAGACUAGAUUCAAACCCCGACCACCAUCACCGGCCUCCAGCAGAGCGAGGGUUCAAGCACAGGAACUCAUGUUGGAUCAUAUCUUUUAGACUAGCUGCGAGAUUCAAUUCCCAAGUUUGAUCUUCGAGUGGAUUUGAGGACCGUUUAAUGUCAUGGGAUCCUUGGUGGAAUGCUGUGUUCAUGGUGGUCUGCUGAUAUGAGAUGAUCGGUUGCUGAUUUUCUGUUGGAGCUCCGGAUAUAAGAGCGGAUAAAGCUUCGCUAAGAUAGUUAGGG